ACAUGGCGGACUAAAAGAUACGGCUGACUCGCCCGGAUACAGCGAAUAAACAGUGGGAUUCACGUCCCCUAUGCUCAAGGAAGACGGAGAGACCCCAAUUUGUUAGGAACACCCUCGGGAACAUUGAGGAAUUUUUGGGACCGUUUUAGUCACUCGUUAACAUAAACAGACUUGCGAUCUGUUGCCUCUCCAAAUUGGCCGUCUGUCCCAGUUCGUUCCUAUUACCCAGGCCCCCACACACUUGGUUCCUGGGGUGUGAAGACAGGGGCCGGGGUUAAGAACGUGGAAAAAGGAAGAAAGGAAUUGCACAAUUGUAAAUAUUCAGGAUUGUGCUAAACCAAACGGAAGUCGUGGACCACACUUUGCGAAUGAGUGAUUGAUGCCAAAUUCGCUCCUUAAGGGCAGUAUGGGUGUGUGUCCCCUGCUCCUGCUGCUCAGUGUGGCCCUCUGGGUCUCCGUCUCAGCCCAGGGACCACCUCUCAUCCCCACAGAAGGUCCAGUCCCCACUGCCAAACCCGCGGACCCUCCAGCCACCACCCUCCACAAUGUUCCCGUGGCAACAACCACCACCACCCUUCCAACAACCGCAGCCCCCACGGCUGCCGUGACGACCCUGACAACAACCAGCACUGUGGAGCGGGUCAUUAUGACUGCAGGCCCCAGUGCCACCCCUGCGCCCGCCCCCAAUCCACCACCCCCUGGCCCAACCAAAGCCCCCCAAGUGUCCAUGGGGGCAACCGCCGACCCACAACCACCCCCUGCUCCGACCACGGUCAGUCAGGGAGGGGGAGGGGAGAAUGGGACCACACCCUCUGCUCCGGAGACAACGUCCUUGGACAGUCACACAGAUCCCCCGCUUGAGACCGCCACAGAACCUACAGUGGAUGCGGCGUCGGCCGACACGAGUGGUGCCACUACUACAGGUGGAGAAGACGACACAGACCAAGAUACGCAAUCAGAUGACACGCCCAUCAUUGCGGUGAUGGUGGCUCUGUCAUCCCUGCUCGUCAUCGUCUUCAUCAUCAUCAUCCUCUAUAUGCUCAGGUUUAAGAAGUACAAGCAGGCCGGCAGCCAUUCCAACUCCUUCAGGCUGACUAACGGUAGAUCAGAUGAUACAGAGCUCCAGAGUGUGCCGCUAUUGGCCCGCUCGCCCAGUACCAACAGGAAGUACCCGCCCCUUGUUGUCGACAAGCUGGAGGAGGAGAUGAAUCGUCGCAUGGCUGACGACAACAAGCUCUUCCGGGAGGAGUUCAACGCGCUGCCGGUGUGUCCCAUCCAGGCGGCAUGCGACGCGGCCUCUAAGGAGGAGAACAAGGAGAAGAACCGAUACGUCAACAUCCUGCCAUAUGAUCACUCCAGGGUGCAUCUGUCGUCUCUAGAGGGAGUUCCAGACUCUGAUUUCAUCAAUGCGUCCUUCAUCAACGGGUACCAAGAGAAGAACAAGUUCAUUGCAGCUCAAGGGCCAAAGGAGGAGACUGUGAACGACUUCUGGAGAAUGAUCUGGGAACAGAACACAGCCACCAUCGUCAUGGUGACCAACCUGAAGGAGAGAAAAGAGAAAUCCAUACAGCGGCAAUCUCUCUGUGUGUCUCAGUGUAAGUGUGCCCAGUACUGGCCGGACCAGGGCUGCUGGACCUACGGCAACAUCCGGGUCUCUGUGGAAGACAUGAUGGUGCUGGUGGACUACACCAUCCGCAAGUUCUGCAUCCAACAGGUGGGGGAUGUGGGGGGUAAGAAGCCCCAGCGGCUGGUGACCCAGUUCCACUUCACCAGCUGGCCAGACUUUGGCGUUCCCUUCACACCCAUCGGCAUGCUUAAGUUCCUCAAGAAGGUCAAGACCUGCAACCCCCAGUACGCCGGCCCCAUCGUGGUCCACUGCAGUGCGGGAGUGGGGAGGACAGGGACCUUCAUAGUGAUAGACGCCAUGUUGGAUAUGAUGAACACCGAGAGAAAGGUGGACGUCUUUGGCUUCGUCACGCGCAUCAGAGCCCAGCGCUGCCAAAUGGUCCAGACAGACAUGCAGUACGUGUUCAUCUUCCAGGCUAUGCUGGAGCACUACCUGUACGGAGACACAGAGCUGGAGGUGACUUCCCUGGAGUCCCACCUGGCCAAGCUCUACGCCCCCGCCGCCGCCGCCGGCUGUGGGGGCAUGGAAGCCGAGUUCAAGAAGCUGACCUCCAUCAAGAUCCAGAACGACAAGAUGAGGACUGGCAACCUGCCGGCUAACAUGAAGAAGAACCGAGUUCUCCAGAUCAUCCCAUAUGAGUUCAACAGAGUGAUCAUCCCAGUCAAGAGAGGGGAGGAGAGCACAGACUAUGUCAACGCCUCCUUCAUUGACGGCUACCGUCAGAAGGACUCGUACAUGGCCAGCCAGGGCCCGCUGCAGCACACCAUCGAAGACUUCUGGAGGAUGAUCUGGGAGUGGAGGAGCUGCUCCAUAGUCAUGCUCACUGAGCUGGAGGAGAGAGGACAGGAGAAGUGUGCCCAGUACUGGCCCAGUGAUGGGGUGAUGGUGUGUGGUGACAUCUCCAUCGAGCUGAAGAGGGAGGAGGAGAGUGAGAGCUACACUGUUCGAGACCUCCUGGUCACCAACAACCGGGAGAACAAGGCUCGUGCGGUGAGGCAGUUCCAUUUUCAUGGCUGGCCAGAGGUGGGCAUCCCCAGCGACGGGAAGGGGAUGAUCCACAUCAUCGCUGCGGUCCAGAAGCAGCAGCAACAAUCUGGCAACCACCCCAUCACUGUCCACUGCAGUGCGGGCGCGGGGAGGACGGGGACCUUCUGUGCCCUGAGCACGGUCCUGGAGCGGGUGAAGGCUGAGGCCAUCCUGGACGUCUUCCAGACUGUCAAGAGCCUCCGGCUGCAGAGACCCCACAUGGUGCAGACACUGGAGCAGUAUGAGUUCUGCUACAAAGUGGUCCAGGAGUAUAUCGAAGCCUUUUCUGACUACGCCAACUUCAAGUAGGGACCCACACAGGGGACGGACAUCCAUACACAGUCAUAAACACACACCAAACCCACACAUACCAGACGGAAAGAAACAAACUGUUCACGGCUUAGAUGACUGGACAGCCUGCGUGCACAGAGGAAAAGGGAAUGGAAGUUUUGUGACAGAGCCAAGUGCAGCGCUGCAGUGUACCGGAGGGAGUGAAUAUCAGAGAUGCCUUCUAGAAUAUUUUGUAAUAUUGAGCAUGUUUAUAUGGCCCCUUGUCCCUAUCCCCCUCCACAUCCAGACACUCCCCAAUCCACCCAAUGUACAUAUACCGUACUUACCCUGUCACAUUUUGGGGGUUUGUUUUUAGAUACAGUUUAAGUUUGGCUGUAUUUUUUGGGUGACAUAAUGCUUUUUAUUGGUAUAUAUAUUAAAUAAGUAAAUCAGAUGCUUUAGAGGUGUAUGUCAAAUCGAGAGUCGAGGAAAUGGUGUUAGGGGUUUCUUUGUGUUCUCUUUAGUUUUUUGCGGUUGAGUGACUUGAGACUUUAUCUGAUUCAGGCUGAAGCUAAAAGCUGAUAGGUCAUCGUCAGAGGAAUGGAUUUACACAGCCAAUCAGAAUUAAUCUGUACGCACGCACACACACAAACACGUUACAGCUGGCCAGGAGCACAUCCAGAAUUGGCCACGAUGGCUUAGCCAAUCACAUGAUCCAAACCCUUUCCACUAGUUUUCCUUUGAGUUCAAAGUUCACACAGAGGUCAAGGAGCCAUGGCAUUUGCUGAACUCACCGUUACACAAGAGCAUAGCACCCCAGAGCCACUGAUUUUCUCAGGGCACAAACACACGGUGUAUGUGUGUGUUUUAAAAGGGAGCCAUGUGCCAAACAGUCUCCUCAGGUGAAGGUUGAAGUUGCCCCUAGACACUGGUCUUGGGUCAGUUUUGAGUUUCCCCCUCUCAUAGUUAAGGAUAGGAUUUGGGGAGGGCAGGCUGAUCCUAGAUCUGAACCUAGAGGCCACUUUUCCUCCCAGGAGCAUCUCUCCAUCUGCGAGGCAGGCCUAGGCCGUCGCAAGCCAAAUCUCUCACACACAGUCCUAGACAUUGUGGCUUUGCUGCAUUUGUGUUCAAGGACAUAGAAAACAAUGUAGUUUAGGUGGACCUUCACAUGCUCGCCGUCACAGUGGAUUCAAUGUGUGUAGAACGUUUAUGGAAGUUGAAGUUGCCCAUACCGAAAAUAAAUCAAAUAUCAAACGUAAAUAUAUUUAAAUGUAAUGAGCGUGUUGAAGAUUUGGCCAACAAUGCAUUCAAAAUAGCCUAUGCAUAAUGAUAAUGAGUAUGACGCCCGAAUGUUGCCAUAAUAAAAUGAUUAUUUCAGAAUUUCCAUUUCUAAAACUACAUAAGAUUAUGGAUAAAAUAUAGUAACCAUGCAAUUACUGUGAUUUCCUAUCAUUUUGUUAUAUCAUGGAAAUGGUUAUGUAUUCAUAUAUUUAAUUGCUUACAAUUAGAAUGGGGGAAAACAUUUCCUAUCUAUUAUUCACUUAUUAUUCUAUUUACUUGUACUCUAUUGCAUAUAUUUAUUUUCGGUAUAGGUUGUUUAAGAAGAUGGCGUCAAAAUGUGAAGACAUCCCUCUCUGUUUUUCAACUGGGGCCUGUUCAGGAUGAUGAAAUGUUAUAGAACGUUCCGAUAGAAAUGUAUUGUGUAGAACAUAUUUGAUUGUUUGUCGUAGGGAAUUGUCAGCUCUAUUCAAUAUAUUUCUAUCUGCAACAUUUAGAACGUUUCACAAUCUGUUGUGGCACCUCAAUACUGUGCUGUUAGUGUUUUAUGACUAAUACUGAGCAAUUUUUUUAUACUUUAAUGCUGUUGCUUUGAUACUCCCACCCCAAAUGGAUGCAUUGUUACUUUUAUUGUUGAAACGUGUGACAUGGAAUGUUUGCAGUGAUUUUUUUUUUUUUAUUCAAAAUGGCUGCCUACAAGGACAGCUUGGUUAGAAACACACGCUAUGGGUUUGUGGAUGAGGCCGCCGUCUUUAGUUGCGAUUGUAAUGAAAUAUAAAUGAUGUCAAUUAGCUAGCAACAAGGUCGAGGUCAAUUCCAUCUCAUCUCGGUCAACUCAGGAAAUGACUUGAAAUUGCCAGUUGGGGGGUUUUCCCAUACAGGUUCUCUCAAUGUAUGAAUAGAAUUUCAAUUUGUCUACUUAGUUGGUUGAGUGCAAAUGGAAUUGCCCCUGCCCCUGGUCCAUUAGCCAAUCACAGCUACCACUUGGCCCCAAAUGAUUGUAAUAAAUAGUAAUAGUGUGUAGGGGGCAGGUCGUAUGAUAUGUAUGAUUCCCACCCCCUUCCCCAUGAACCAAGGUGUUAACCCUGGUAUGAGUGAAUUAGGGGUGACCGACAUGAGGUUUUAGCUGUCAAUUGUGAUCAGGGAUUAUUGGUCAAUUGUGAGAGCCUCCAUUUUGAUCCUAGUUCCUCCAUUGUUCUGUGGAGUUGACAGGUAUCCUAGAGAGCAAUGAAGAUCUGCCAGGCCUAGUGAUACCAAACUCAUUGUCUUAUAUGCAGAUGGCCCUGUUUGUCCAGGCAUAGAGGUUCAGCAUUGUUUUUGUCAUUGGGACAGCCCACAGUGUGUAGACAAAUGCCUGCACCGCGCACAACCCCCAUUGUUCAUGAGUUGGUAAUAGAUCGGUUUGGCUUCUCCCUUUUAAUAUAUUUUUAUAAGCAGAAAGGAAGGAGCACAAUCCAACUCUGUCGAUGUGCUUCAAUCACGUGAUCAUUGAAUUAGAAAUAGUCCCUGAAAUUCUGCACACAAAAAACGCACCGUUAUUGAGAACUUGUUGAGUUAUUGUUGAUUGUUCAAAAAGCUUGUGCUAGUUGCACCAAAAAAGCCCUUGAAAUGACUAAACCAAUGAUACGAAGGCCAGACGGGUAACAUGGCCCUUAGAUAGGAAAUUACUUGACGUCAACUAGGGUUGCAAUCUUUUUAUAUCUUUUUUUUAUCCUGUUUUGAAGAAUUCCAGUUUGGAGGAUUACCUUGCAGCUUAUUCCCUUCUGAUUCCAGAAAUCCUCCAACCAGACUUUUUAGAAUGUUUUUGAGGAAUUUUGCAACCCUAAUGUCAACAUUGGAGAGACCUUUUAAAAGCCUCUGGUUACGGCCUCUAGUUAGGCCUCUAGUUCUGACUGGGACCCUUAGGUUAAACCAUGGGACAUAAAUAGCUAGGUAGAGAUCUUCAAACUGGAUGUCUCAUUUGGACCAGUCACUUAAACUGUCAUCGUCAUUUCAGACCACGUUCUAUUCCAAAGCAUCACAAGUGCCCAUGAUUUACGAUUGGCUACAUUUUGUUUUACUUCCUGGAUGUUUGGAUGUGUUGGAUCUUUGUAAUCGUCAGGGUGGGUGUUUGUGUGCGUGGAGAGGUGGGAGGGUUUUACUCUUCUUUUGAACCAAAGUUUGCGGUUUCUAUCCACCUUGCUUCCAUUCUAUGGCUCUGUCUGUAGUUGGCUGUGUCUGAAUGUUUAGCCAAAUGUAAUAAUCACCUGUCCCCAAUGACACUGUGCCAACACCCAACCCUAUUGACUUAAAGCUUCACUCUAGAAAGUGCCUCACAGGUUGAUUUAUAUGGUAAGUAAGUUCACUGCACCUCUCCCUCUGUGAGUUGGUUGAGUGUUGGUAUAUAGAAGCUUGGUAAACCAGUAUCACCCUACAGAUUAGUACAUAUAUUUGCCCACUUCCCACUACUAUCUCUGAGCCAUCGUAUAGAACUUUAUCGACAAACCACCUCUGCUGCCGCUUGGCUGUAACUCUGAGACCAAGAUCAGGGCCUUUAUUCUCCCUUUCAUGCUGUAACGCCGGGUUCCAUUCCAAUUCAACCCCAUUCCAUUGUUUUGUGUUCCAGCUACGUCUUCACUCCAUUUCACUGAAGUGCUGGACCCUUGACUAUUCCUUCAUUGUGGCCCCUCGUUGGGUCCUCCACCUAACCAAAUAUAGUUGGUAUAAUACAUUGCCCUGAGUUACUGCAAUCACAAAGACAUAGUUUACUGGUUAUUACAGAGGACAGCCCAGUGUGUCUGGGCCCUUGUUCCAUACCCCUGUUAGCUGCAGAUUGAAAUGUGACACAAUGCCCCAGUAGAGCAUUUUGAAUGUCCCUGUCUGAGUAACAGGGCACACCUUUCUCCAGAGACUGAGAACGAGAGCGAAACAGACUGGAGGAGUGGGGCUUCAUAGGGUUCAACCAGUCUCUCCCACCCCUAAACCUGUGUCUCUCCCACCCCUAAACCUGUGUCUCUCCCACCCCUAAACCUGUGUCUCUCCCACCCCUAAACCUGUGUCUCUCCCACCCCUAAACCUGUGUCUCUCCCACCCCUAAACCUGUGUCUCUCCCACCCCUAAACCUGUGUCUCUCCCACCCCUAAACCUGUGUCUCUCCUCUCCUGAGCCUGUGUCUCUCCCACCCCUAAACCUGUGUCUCUCCUCUCCUGAGCCUGUUUAGCUGUCCGUUUUAGACGCCCAAAGAUGUCUCGCUCUUUCCCUUAACUCCUUCCACCUUCUCUCUCUCUCGUUCUCUUUGCCCCUUGGGCCGGUUUUGUCUCCCUUAUAACCGGUCGCUGCCCCACUCCCUUCUGUACAUACUGUAGGGUAAUUUAAUUUAUAUUUCAUUUUGUCUGCUGCCUUGCUUUUUCUUUUCUUUUAUCUUUUUUUUUAAAACAGAAAAUCUGUGUUAAAACUGUACUGGGACCAUUUUGAAAUGUAUUCAAUGUUUUCUUUUUUUGUUUUGGCUAUUUUUAAUUUGUAUUUUCUUUUUUUAAAAACA